AUGGCAACUCAAAGUUAUAAUUUUCCUAAGAUCAUCUUCUUUGUUGUUACAUUUUCAUGCUUCUUCAUCUACAAUUCUAAUGCUCGUCACUUGUCGGAGGAGAAGUUAACGUGGAAACGACUAAUAACCGUGGAUCAGUCCGGCGAAGGCGAUUACGAAACAAUUCAAGGCGCGAUUGAUGCAGUUCCUUCUAACAACAUAGAUACCACACUUAUCCUAGUCAAACCGGGAACGUACAAGGAAAAAGUUACCGUACCCGAAAACAAGCCUUUUAUAAUGCUUAGCGGAAGAGAGGCCGAAAAUACAAUAAUCACAUGGGACGAUAGUGGUAAUAUAUACACGUCUCCUACUCUCUCCGUCUUUGCUUCUGAUUUUAUGGCUCGAUAUCUCACUAUUCAGAAUACAUAUGGACCGGGGGAAAAAGCAGUUGCCUUAAGGGUUUCGAGCAAAAGGGCAGAGUUUUCGGCAUGUAAAUUUAUUUCUUACCAAGAUACGCUUUUGGAUGAAGAAGGAAGCCAUUUUUAUAGUAACUGCUAUAUUGAAGGAGGAACCGAUUUUAUUUGUGGGAAUGCAGCCUCUCUUUUUCAAAAAUGUCGAAUACAUUCUGUAUCGGACAUAGGUGGAGCAAUAACUGCACAACGAAGGAUGACACCGGAAGAAGAAACGGGGUUUUAUUUUGUGGAAUGUAGAAUUACGGGUAUAAAAGGGUGCACAUUGGGAAGACCAUGGGGACCUUACUCUAGAGUUGUUUACGUAAACAGUUACAUGUCUAAUGUGGUAAACCCUAAUGGAUGGGAUGAUUGGGGCAAACCCUUAACACAUAGUUCGGUGUACUAUGGUGAAUACAAAUGUUACGGUCCAGGAGCCAAUAGAUCAAACAGAGUCGAGUGGUCGCAAGACCUGAGUAAUGAAGAAGCCACUGCCCUUAUUACCAAGACUAUGAUUAGUGCCAAAUCACGAAUCAAACACUGAUGUGUUGAUAAUUUUUAUUAUUUCAUUGUACAUGUAUUAUUAGGGUUUUUUUUUUUUUUUUUUUUUUUUUUUUUGCGGAUUGUACAUAUAUCUAUGUUGAUCAAAUAUACUGUAUAUAAUUUCAUCUAAUUGAUUACUUACUUUUUAUGUUCUCCUCAAAUAUGUCAUUUUUUUUCGAAACAUAUUGAUGAAUUGCUAUUUUUAACAACUACAUAAGUGAAUAGGUAAUGACAUAUAGUAGAGGUAGUACGCAAUUAAUUUGUACUUCGUAUUAUGUUUUUUGGAUGGUAAUGAAAUAAGCCUAAAUAAAACCCAAACGCGGACAACACCUAAUUGAAAUCCAAUCUCUUGGAUGAGAGAAGGAAAGGAGUGGAACACUAAAUUUGGUUAAUUAGGAGCAAAAUCGUCAUUAGCUAUUACAGAUACUCGUAUUAAUUUUUACCUUUUACUUUUUUUUGGCGGCAAAUAGCAACAAUUUAAAAUCAAUCCUUCAAUCAACUCGGCAUCAAUUGAUUUUAGACAAAUACAUCCCCAUUAAUUCCUCAAAAUAAAUACAGAAAUUAAAUUAUUAAAAUUAAACAAAAUAUCACAAUGUAUAAUAUAAAGUAGUAAAGUACAAGUACAAAUUCAUGACCGAAAAUAUAAUAAACAAGGUUAUCU